GUAGGCAAAUAUGAAGGUUAAUGUAAGAAUGCAAGGAACAUGGCGGAUAGUCGAAAGAAAGGUGUAUCGUUUUCUUUUUCCAAGAAGGUUUCUACAAAAAACAAGUCCGAAAAAAAUGCCUUAAAUUCAGAUGAUGCUAAGGCUAAAAAGGAAGAAACUGAUUACAUUAAUGCUGCUGAGGGGAAAGAACUGAAAAGUAUCAAACCUGAGGAGAAACCAAAAGAGAAAGUUAUUCCUUGCAAAACCAAAAAUCGAUGGAUUCUUCCAGAAGAUGCCAAGUUUGUGGACAGUUUGGAUAGACAAGCUGCUGAGGAACUUUUAAAAGCUGUUUCUGGAGAUGAUACUGAAGGUAAUGAAAAUGAAAAUGUAAGCAUUCCACUGUUGAUGAGAAAUCCUUUACCUGACAUUGAAGGAUAUGAAAAGAAUGAGAAACUGGACAUCGCAUUACGGCCUGAACAAAGCUCAAUGCGAGACUAUGAGGAUAUGCCUGUGUCUUCAUUUGGAGCAGCCAUGCUACGUGGAAUGGGGUGGAAGAAGGGGGAAGCUAUUGGAGGCACAAACAAAGGGUUUGCAGAACCUAUAGAAUAUAUUCCAAGAUCUAAGGGUUUAGGGCUGGGGGCUGAAAGAAGAGUCAUGGAUGACGUGAUACUUGGGAAGAAGCGGAAACCAGGAGACUCAAUCACAGAAAAGAGUUCUGGUGCUAUUAAAGAAAAGGAUGGUCGUGUCAGACACUUUAAAGGAGUAGGAGAGGCACUCCCUCAGGAAUCAUCUUUAGAUUACAGACCUGGUGUAGGAGUUAUAAUCGAGAAAGGUCCUCAUCAAGAUAUGUGUGGAAAGAUUGUGGCUGUAGAUGUUGAUACCUCAAGAAUUACAAUCCAAUUUCAUUUAAGUGAAGAGAAUAUCACAUUACACCAGUGUAAUGCUAGACUAUUAGAUGAUAUUGAAUAUAGGGCCCUAUCAAGACAAGACAAACUAAAACAAAAUGGACACGAAAUAAGAAGUAACAAGAGAACAAGAAAUGAUGAACAGGAAAGUCAAAAGUGCAAAGAUAGCAAAUAUUCCAAGAAGAGCAAAGAAGGUAAAAGUAAUUCCAGUUCACAAAAGGGAAGCCAAAUCAAAUGUUGGCUGUAUCCACAAAUAAAAGUGAGGAUCAUCAGCAAGAAUUACAAGAAGGGCAAAUAUUACAACAAAAAGGUAAAAGUUGUUGAUGUAGUCAGUAGGGACAAAUGUGUUUGCCAGACAGAGGAGGGAAGACUUAUUGAAGAUGUACCACAAUCAGCAUUGGAGACAGUUGUGCCUAAGACUCUUGAUUCUCAUGUCCGAGUUGUUGGAGGUGAUUCCAAGGGACAGCUUGCAUUGUUACUGGAGCGGAAUACAACAAAGUACAGCGCUGUCAUUCAACUUUUGAUGGACAAGUCAAUUAUUACAGCGGAUUACGAUGACAUUUGUGAACAUGUUGGUGAUGGUAAUGAGUUUUGAUGUUGAAGGAAUGUCAGAGACAGCCUGCUCGGCAGAGCAUUUGUUUAUUUUACUGUCAGCAGGCGUCAAUCCUGUUGAGCUGGCCUGUCUUGCAGGUUUGCGAGAGCUACAACCAGAAGAUCCCAGAAGACAUGAUUUUCACAAAUUCCCACUGGCCCACUGUAUGCACGAAUGCAAAUGAGAACACGGAGCGAGAGCAGUACUUUUGACACGACACAACAGUUUAUCUAGUAGGUGCGUGGCGUGGUUUGCCUGCACCAUCACGUGUCUGUGAUAUACAUCGCCAUGAUCGCUGUUAAGCCAAGGAUGGCAGUGCAGUGAGGAAUAUUGAAUGAUAACGACAGAAGAUAAAAUGAAAAUUAUGAGCAAAACCGUUGGAGAAGAUCAAGUGAUAUAAUAUGACGUUUUAGUCCAAAAACGUUUACUUGGGUGCAGCUAUUCCAAAGAAUGACUUCGUGAGACUGAGCUUUUGUGACUACUGUCUUAUAUAGGAGGCAAAGCCACAGAUGUCGUAGAGAUGAGUGAAUGAGUGAGUGUAACGAUAGAUUCCGAUCUUGACCAAAUAUUUUAACCUGAUGUUUUGCGGUGCUACUAAUUGUUUGUUCCGGAGAAUCUAUGCAAAACUUACUGUUACUGUUUUCUGCGUAGGGUGUUCUUUUGAGUGUUCUCUGGUUGGACUUUAUGAACAAACAAAUAUUUCCCUUCUUCCGUAACAAGCAAGGAAACGCGCUCUCAUCUUGAAUUAAAUUUUAAACAAAAUCUUAUCGUAAGGUUUGAAAAUCGGGGAGUAUCACUUGGGUGAUAUCUUCGGAUAUCUCCCAGUUUUAGCUGGGAAAUAUUUGUUAACAUGAUGCGUUUAAACCGGUUGUGUACAAGAAAAAUAUUUGAUGGAUCCUUAUCGAGGAGGUUAUUCCAAGUAAUAUUCCCUAAUUUUCAAGCUCCACGUCCAUUUGAGCAUUUUUUGUUUUUUUAAAAAGAAGGGACAUGUUUUUUGUAUUCAUAAAAUCGUAUUAGACAAGAAUGAAAAGUGAACAUCCCUUGCAGGGAAUGAUUAGCUGUUGGUAAAUUUUGU